AUGACGAUCGAAGCCGACGUUACGCAGUCGCUGUCAUUUGAGGGUUUUACGAUUCGAUAUCGAUUUUUUCUUCCUCUCCACUGUCUUCCCAGGCCGUUGGAAGACAAUAUGAAACACUUCAUCGAAUUGAAGCCCCACCUGGCACCGAAUGGAGUCGUGUAUGUAACGACUAUCCUGGGGAAGGAUGCUCAGCACAAAUGGUUUGGCAGCCUCCUGAUGAAAUUUUACAAUCGCAAGGGCAUCUUUGGCAAUUAG